GUUAGAAACCACCAGCAGCUCAGGAUGAAGGUCUGUCUCACUCUGAUCUGCCUCCUCUUCCUCAGAGCUCUAAAGGAUGGAGACGCUGCAGAAACUCAUGCAAGAAUGGAAGGAGAAAACAUCACAGUUGAAUGUAAAUUUAAUUUCUCUGAAAACCCGAUCUUCUUCUGUAAGGAAAACUGUGAAGGAGAAAAUAUUCUGAUUGAAACAGCAGAAGACAUCGCUCAGAAAGGCAGAUACCAGACUUUCUAUGAAUCAUAUUAUACUUCAGUUGUUCUCCAUGUGAGCAUCUUGGAGCUGAAACCAUCUGAUUCAGGACGAUACCGAUGUGGUUUUGGUAAAGACCGAUCUCUAGAUCAUGAAUUUCAUCUGGAUGUGACUGAAGCUACAACUUCAUCUUCUUCCUCCUCUUCCUCUACAACCAUCCAACAGACCACAACAUUAUCUGAACCCAUUGGUGAAACAAAUGUGCUGCUUUAUGUGGGUCUGAGUCUGCCCGUCCUGAUCGUCUUGUUAGCGACGGCUCUGCUGAUUUACUGCCAGAGGAAACGUUUCCAUCAACAGAAAGGUCGUCCAAAAGAAACAAAUCCCACUGACUUAACGAUCAACACAGUUUAUGAGGAGAUCAGAGAGAACAGAGAGAACAAACCUCCUGCUGGGGAAAUAUCUUCAGUUUAUGUUUACGUCCAACCCAACAAACCAAACGCAGCUGAGAGCAACGAAAUAUACAGCCUGGCCAGCGAACCGCAGGGUCAAGCUAAAGAUGGAGAAGCAGAAUAUUCUGAAGUGCAGUUGGUGAACAAUGACACCGGAUCCAACAGCGGCCAUCUUGGUGUUUCAGAUAACGUCACCUACCCAGAACCUCGGUUAGAUAUGAGCUCUGGUAGCCAUGGCAACGGUUCAAAUCCUCUUUAUUCCACCAUUACUUUAGAACAAGAGCUUUGCUGAUAUGGACUCAGCAACAGAGACGUAACCAACAUCAGUCCAUAUGAGGGUUAUUACUCAUUAAUUACAGCUGGAAACGAGAGACCAGGCCUGAAAUCUGGAUGUUGUGAUGAACUGAACCUUCAAAAACACAUAAAGACAGUUACAAAGUCGGUCUUUUAUAACUUGAAGAACAUUCCCAGGAUUAAAGGACUAAAAUCCCAGCAGGAUCUAAAGAAACUCAUCCGUAUCCAUUUAUUACUGCAACCGCUUCCCCACAGGUCUGCCUAAGAAAUCAGUCAGAUCCAGAACCGCUGCUGCUGCCGUUCAGCUCAUGUGAUGCUGCAGCUGCAGCUCUGCCAAACAACAUGGCUCCUCAAUGUUAUCAAAAUAAACUGAUAAUUAGAUAAAAUACAAAACAAGUCAGCUUUAAGUAGAAAUGAGUUAAAAUGCAAAACAAUAGAGGGAAAUGGAAGACAAAUAUUUCAUAAAUGUUUCCCUUUACAGUGUUUCAGCUCUGGAAGAAGAAUAAAAAAUAAACUAAAUAAAACAUUGGAGACUGAAGCAUAAACACAGAAAACACAUGAGAGAAUGAAGGUCAGACAGAAUAAAAGCUGAUCAACCCAGAGAGAAGAAAUCAGAAAAGAGGACAGAAAAUAAAUCAUCUGCUGAACUGAACAUCUUCAGUUCAUUCCUGAACUAAACUCUGAAACAAUCAGAGUUCAAAGUACAGAUAAAAAACAUUUAGUCUCAUGUUUUUGCAAGAAAAUGACCAAAAAUCAAACUUACAGAAAAGUUUCCUAUUAAUUAUAGAGGAGCUAAAUUAUUAAAUAGGUUUUCCUAUUUAAAUAAUGUUCCUUCAUUGAAUGUUACUGAAGAUAUUUGAAAGCUGAUCUAAUCGCUGUGCUGUAACUGUUUUUAUAAAAUUGUUUUUAUUUAUUAGGUUUUUAGCAAAGCAAAAAUAUGUAUACACCUGUUUCAUAUUUUACAUUUUUAUUGUUUUAUUUUUUUAUAUUCAACAUGU